AUGCUGGAGAAGCAGGACGCAGGUGGAGACUGAUGAUGCUGAUGAGGUGGGGAAGAGGAUGGUGGGAAAAGAGGAGGACUCUACCCGACAUGAUUACACCGAUUACAUUUGUGAACGUGCAAAAUCUGUAACCGAUCGCUGGCUGUGGGUGUGUGUGUGUGUGUGUGUGUGUGUGUGUGUGUGUAGACCUGGCGGGAUUGUGAUGUGUUGAGGAGAGAGAGAGAGAGAGAGAGAGAGAGACGCAUCGCGGAUGCAGGAGGAUGCGGUGCUCCUAAGCGCUUAUUAUGCGGGCUACACGAGUUAGUACAUGCACAGCGCUGCACAACGGUUCUACAAAUAACCAGCGAGCUGAAAGCUCACCAUGGUGGAUCCACUGGAACCCGAGGACCAGAACAAGAUCAAAUGCUCAUAUUUUGUGCCCCCUGCUGCUGCAUCGGAAGCCCCGUGUCUACCUAAACAGGAUGAAGAUGGGAAAAAGGAAAAGUCUGCUCUUAACUCUCAAGAACAAGAACCGAGAGUUGAGACUGAACAUAGUCCUCAAGGAUGCCAAUUACAGAACAGCGAAUCUGAGCAUCCCAAGCUACAUCUAGACCUUUACAACUUUGAUUCCCCAGCUGCAGAAGGCAGCCGGUACGUGCUAACCAGCCCUCGUUCUCUCGAGGCAUGUGCACGAUGUGGAGUCAAACCAGUGGAGCUUCUAUCUAGACCUCUGUCUGAUUUUGCACGAGAGGCCCCUGUCAAUAGCAUGCGUGUCGCGACGGGGAUGUUUGAAAUGUAUGAAAAGGACAGACAUGCUAAACUCAGACACUGCAGAGAGGAACGAGAAAGAAUAGUUCAAGAGGAGAAAAAAAGGGCCCUCCAGGCAACACUGAACAAUAGCAGCAGAUUGCAGGACUCAGAGAAACCUCAAGGUAAUACCAGCACUGGAGUGACUAAGCAAACCAAUCAUGGUUCUGUUUCCUCUGAUCCCAUUGCCAAAAAGUCACCUGCUAGCAGUGGCCCAACAAAACCACAAUCUACACCAGUUUCACAGCCCACCUCCAAAAAUAUACCUCAGUGCUCAGAGGAAAAAGCAAAAAUAUCUCCUUUAUUUUCAAGUUCAUGUAGUAAAAUUAUUGCAGCUCCAUCUUUAGCAGUGCGUCCAAUAAGCACUGGACACACUUAUAAAGAGAUAUCUGUAAAACAGCCUAAAAUACUAUCUACUGUGUCUGCUGGAAGGACGCAAGGAUCCAUAUCUCCAAAAGCAAUUACAUCAACAACAGGAGCACCAGUGUCCAAAAAACCACCUAUCACCCUAUUAAAGUCUGCAAACACUUUUCCUAGGUCCACACCAAAGCCUUCCCCGUUUCCAAGGAUGUCUUCAUCUCUUGCGCCAGUUGUAUCGAAAUCGGCCGCACAAAGCCCUGCUAAUGGCAUCACUAGUCCAUUUACUCAGCACAAUGGGCACAUUAUGUCCCUGUCAAAAGCCAGAGAGAGAAGCCAUUCUUUAGAGUCCUUACAAAGAAGAAAGGAAGAGGUUACCUCUUCUAAUACUUCAACCACUACCACAACAACAACCACAUGUGCCUCUUCAGAGUCAGCAUCCUCCUCUUACAGCUGGGAAGGGGCACGGGAUCACUGGGGUAAGACCUCGAGUCCUCGUGCUCGCACCUUAGCUACUUUCAACUCUCUGAUGGGCCGAAGUUUAAGCUUGGGAGACCUGAGUCACUCUCCACAGACUACACAGAAGGUAGAGCGCAUUGUAAAAGAGGUCAAGCGGCGAGGCCUCAAGGCAGUUCCAGAACGUGACCGUAAGAUUGCAGCAUUAAUGCUAGCCAGGUACCAAGAAGAAGAUAUUAUGAGUCAGACACGAUACGUUGCACACUUGCAGUGGGACAGUGAACGGCGAAUAGAGGAGCUGCGGCGUGAACGUGAAGAUCGAGAUAAACAGCGAGCAGUGCUUCAAUGCCAUCGAGCAUGGCAGUCUCAAUUUUCCACCAGGCAGCGAAGACUCAGCCAGCAGGAACGAGAGGCAGCAGCAGCCAAGUUACGCCGUGUGGCCGAAAGUGAGGAGCGAUGGCGGGAAUUAGCUGAGCAACAAGAGCGAAGCAGAUUGCAAAAAUUGCAGCAGGCAGCUCGUGAAGAGAAGCUGAAGAAGUCUAUGCAGGAGCAGAACCUCAAAUCCUUGGAAGAGGAGCGGGCGGCUUUGCUGGAGCACGAAAAGGUGCUCAUCAAAGAGAAGCUAACCAUUGCAGAGUUGAAGAGGCAGGAGCGAGAGCACCAGAUGUUGGAGGAGCUCCGUGGCCUCAAUCGAGCGGAAAAGCGUCGGCAUAUAGCACUCAUCGAAGAGAUCGAGCGCCGCAAAGCAGACGAGCUUGAAGAAACCCGGCGGACAACGGAACAGAAGCUGAGCCGCUCACUGGAGAACUAUGAGCAGAUACAGGAGCGACGAGGACAAGAGCUGCGGGAAAAAGCCAAGCGUGAAGAACAGCAGAUCCAGAAAGCUAAAAAGGCUGCUGAGCAGCGCGAGCGGCAACAAAAAGAGCAGAUGGAGGCCAGGGCAAAGGAAGCGGUGAAGCGGGUACAGCAGGCCGCCAUGCUUGCAGAGGAGAGGGCCAGAGAAAAAGCCCAGCGUGCUGUCCAGAGCAGACUGGAGAAAGAGCGCAUUCAGAAGCUUAAUCGUCAGAAAGUAGAGGAAGAGGAGAAGCAGAGGAGGCUGGAGUUGCUUCAAUCAAUAGAGCGCAAGCUUGAGAAGAGCGAACAGAUAUUCCGUGAAAAACGUGCCGUAUUAGAAAGCGCCCGCUCAGUAGCACGUGCCUCCUUCCACGUCCGGGACCGAGUGCGAGAAGAGACCAACAUGCGCACCUUUGACAAGAUGGUCCUGGAAGCGCAGCUGCAGGCUAGUUUGGAUGAAAAGUGAGAUGUCUUCUCUCUACAUUGAGCUAAUAAUUGAAAUGAGCACCUUGUUGCUCCACGGCAGUGUCAUCACAAAACUGGACCCACAGCUUUGCUGAAACAUAUCUCUUCACAGAAUCAUGUUUCUUCUCCAACUCUUGAGCCAUUUAUCAUGAACAAAAUACAUUUCUCUUAGUUUGCUAACUGUUGGUUGUGCGUGAACGAGUCGCUUGCAGUGGUAUGCCUGUUUUCAUAACAUGGCAAAAAGCCCCACUUAUCUGAAGACUGUUUAUAAAGAGUUCGUUGUUCACUAUUUAGCAAAGUCACCAUUUCAUCACAAAUCAAUGACUUAUUUUGUUUAAACCCUAAGGAGAGUGCAGAGUGCUUCAUAAGACAGAUGUGGUUGCAUGAUAUUGAUAGAAGUCCCAACCUGACACCUGCUGACGGUAAACAAGGACUUGCCUACGUGUGAAAGACAACGCUGACAGAGCAGGGUUUACGUGAGGACGUGGCAAAGAGUGAUCUCAGCAGAGUCCAGCUGCUGAUGAAGCAGUGAAGUGUUGGUUCAGCAUCAGACUCUAUGAACCUGCGCUGACGAUCUGCAUUCUCUUACAAUCAGGUGUGAAGAUGAUGAAGGUGGCCUCCGCUGCAUGAGCUGCAGACUGCUCAUAAUAAACGCACAAGGAUGAUAAUGCGUGAGAACUCCUAUUCCGCUCUAAUUUCACAUCGGUUAGGAUACGUGUGACUGUAAUACACAUUUAAAUGAAAUAUUUUCAGAUAUCCAGCUACAGAAUCAGGCAUAGAGAACAUUUUUAAAUGGGAUAAAAGCUCUUCGUCAUACCAUUGCUGGGGUUCUGUUACAGUUUAGACUACUAGGAAAAAUGCUGUUUGGCCAUAAUUUUAUGUUCAAAUUCUUUGCAUCAUAGUGUGCAUCCGCUUGAGCUGUUUCAAUUUAGAUUGGAAAUGCAGGGUAUUUCAGUGUAUGAAAUAAAAAUAUGAACAUUUAUGUACAAUAGAGUAAAACUCACAUAUUGGAUGAUUAUUGGCUGUCACAAACUUAAUGGUUGAUUUAUUGAUUUAUUUGUUUUCCUUUUUUUUAGGAGGUAAAAAAAGUAGGUCCCAUUAACUAGUACAAUACAUCAUUAGCUUUAAUGCUAAAACUGAAACGAUUACAUUUGUGUAUCAGUCAAGUGCUGUUUUUUUUGGUCCAACACCACAUUUUAGUUAAAAUAUUAAAGCUGUUUUAAGAAGAAGACGGUGAAGACACAAAAACAACUAAACAGACGGAUCUGUUCGAAAUAUAUGAUCAAACCCGCUUACAACUGUACUGUUUUGUGAAUAGGAUGCUGUAUGAAUGAUUAAGAGAAAUAAAGUCAGUGAAUGAUAA